AUGCCACUGGUGACUGUGUUCACAGACGUGGAUGCCCUGAUUGGAAGCAAGCAGGAGGUUUGCAAAAUGGUUCAUGAUGCCGUGAAGUCGGCUCUUGGGAAGCCUGACCAGUAUAUCACCGUUGCAUUGAUGAAGGCCGAGUGUGUGACAGUGGCUGGACAAGAAGCCUCAGUGGUCGUUGAGGUGGAUUCCAUUGGUGGUGAUUUUGGAGCUCUCAUCGGAACUAUUGCGAAAGGUCUUCAGGCUCAUGGCGUGGAACCUUCGAAGGUCACCGGAACCUUUCGAGGAGUGAGCUUCAAGGAGUUCGCUAUGAAUGGCAGGCCUCUGGGCUAA